UUUGUGGUUGGAUAGGGCUCCCUGUUUGUUUUUUUUUUCCCGCGUUUCUGCCCUUUAUUUCCUCGAGCUUCGGCCUCAGGAUCCGUGUCCGGCACCCUACGUUCCGCAAGUGCUCUCUAGUCAGCACGAGUCUCUGCUUGCCCCCAUUUUAGUCACGGAGACAAACUGGGAGAGCGCUCUCCUGUAGGCACACCGUGCGGUUUUUCCAUCGUUGAAGCCCCUAGUGUUAGAGACAAACUCACUGCACUGCUGGGGACAAGGGCUUCACUCUCUGGUCAGUUUGGAACUGAGCACGAGAGUGUUGUGGCAUCCUGGACCCCCUUUCCCCAUUUCUGGGUUGGAACUGGCUGCGCUGUUGAUUUCUGUGGCAUCUCCGACCUCUAAUUGUGGGGCUUUGGAGUAGAUGCCUUUUUAACACGUUGGGAGGGAGGUUCCACCUAGACACUCUCCAGGGGUAGCACUGUGGAGACCAGGAAAAUGGCCACGGGGCUCCUGAGAGCCAAAAAGGAGGCUUUUGUGGUGUUCAGGGAUGUGGCUGUGGACUUCACCCAAGAGGAGUGGAGGUUGUUAAGCCCUGCUCAGAAGAUCCUACACAGGGAAGUGAUGCUGGAGAAUUAUAGUCACCUGGUAUCAUUAGAAAUUGCAUUUUCCAAACCAAAACUCAUUACUCAGCUGGAGCAAGGGGAAGAGCCCUGGAGAGAGGUGAGAAAACAUCUGCCGGACCUCUGUCCAGGAUCAAAGUCAGAAAUUCAACCUUGUCCUUCCUGCCCUCUGGUACUCUCCAGUCAGCAAGUCCUUAGCCAACAUGUGUGGCUCAGUCAUCUGCCUCAGCUCUUUUCAAGUUUAUAUGCAGGAAAUCAUCUCCACCCAGGGAAUCAGUACCCAGAAUAUCAGAAAAAACAACAGGAACAACCCUUUAAUCAAUCCUGCUUGACUGACAAAGCAAAAAUUCAAGAGAGAAAACAAGACUCCAAGCCACUGUUUGGGGGCACAAGUAAAAAUGACAUAUCAAAGUCGUCCUCCAUCCCAAGUGAAGAACAUCCAGUAAAGUCCAAGGAAGGCAACACAAUAGUGGAUAUAAGGCCCAGCCUAGAACAGAAGGCCGACCUUGAGGAAAGGGACAAAGUAUUGCAUGGUUUGGAAGUCUCAGGAUUUGAAGCAAUCAAAUUUGAAGAGUUUGGGCCAGACUUUAUCAAGGAGUCAAACCUACUUAGCCUCCAGAAGACACACACAGGGGAGAUGCCCUACAUGUACACAGGGUGGGGACCAAACUUCAGCAGUAUGUUGGUCCUUAUCAAAAACCCAAGGACACAUCCUGGAGAAAAGCCUUAUGUGUGCAGGGAAUGUGGGAGAGGAUUUACCUGGAAGUCAAACCUCAUCACACACCAGAGAACACACUCAGGAGAGAAACCUUAUGUGUGUAAGGAUUGUGGACAAGGCUUUACUUGGAAAUCAAACCUCUUCACACAUAGCGAACACACUCAGGAGUCAAGCCUCCUGUGCAAGGAAUGUGGGCAGAGCUUUAGCCUAAAGUCAAACCUCAUCACACAUCAGAGGGCACAGACUGAGGAGAAGCCUUAUGUUUGCAAGGAAUGUGGGCAUGGCUUUCGCCAGCAUUCCUACCUCAUCAGACAUAAAAGGACACAUUCAAGAGAAAAGCCUUAUGUUUGCAGAGAGUGUGAACAAAGUUUUAGUCAGAAGCUUCACCUCCUCAGACACGUAAGGAUACAUACAGGAGAAAAACCUUACAUAUGCGCAGAAUGUGGGCGUCACUUUAGCUGGAAAUCAAACCUCAAGACACACCAGAGGACUCACUCAGGAGUUAGACCUUAUGUGUGCCUAGAGUGUGGGAGGCUAAGUAGGUUUGACUCGUUGAUAAAGUCAGGCCCAAUGCUUUAGCCUGAAGUCAAACCUUCACAAACACCAGAGAUCACACACAGGGGAGAAGCCUUUUAUAUGCACAGAGUGUGGGGGAGGCUUUACCAGGAAGUCAACAGUCAUUACACACCAGAGGAUACACUCUGGGGAGAAGCCAUUUGUAUGCAGGGAGUGUGGGCUUUAAUGAUAAGUCAACCUUGAUUUCACAUCAGAGGACACACUCAGGGGAAAAACUUUUCAUGUGCAGAGAUUGUGGUAGAAGGUUUAGGCAGAAGCCAAACUUAUUUAGGCAUAAGAGGGCACACUCGGUUUCCUUUGU